AUGAAGUUGACGCCGGCUAUUAUUGCGUCCCAGGCCGCAGGAAAUGAUAUUCAGCAGCUCAAGGAACUCAACGUGUCCAAGAAAGAUAUCAACCAUAUCGAAGACAUCUCCAUCUGUAUCAACCUGCACAAGCUGAACUUGUCCCACAACAGCCUCAACUCUACAGACUCGAUCGCUGGACUCCAGUACCUGCAGGCGCUCACCCUCCUCAACCUCAGUGGGAACCAACUGGAUUCGUUUGAAGGCCUUCAACGGCUCAAGACCCUCUUCGUUUUGAACAUGUCCCACAACGACCUGAACCGCAUCUCCAUCCACAUCGAAAAGCUUGUCAACCUCAAGGCCAUCGUCCUCAACAACAACAGGAUCAGGGUCGUUGACCACCUCGGAGGUCUUCUAGAACUCAACACCAUCGUCCUCUCCCACAACCGGAUCCAGGAACUACCCGCUUUUCCGAAACUCACCAAGCUCACCAAGCUCUCUGCAGCCCAUAACGAAAUCCGACAGAUCCCCGAUUUCUCAGAGAACGGCAUGUUGAAGGAACUGCGAUUGAAUCAUAACAAACUGAUCACCAUCCCGGACUCGCUGCGUCGCUGUACAGCCCUGGAUAUUUUGGAUCUUGGAGGCAACAUGUUGAGAGAGUGGUCCGACGUCGCACCCUUGGGAUCCCUGAUGCAUCUGAUCAACUUGAAUCUCCAAGGAAACCCGAUCUGUGACAAGCCGGAUUAUAAGAAGAAGAUUCUGGAAUUGGUUCCCUCAUUGCGAGUACUGGAUGGCGAGCGCUUCGACCCAAAGUUCCUCCAGAUCAAGGCCAAGCGCGCGGAACACAAGGAGGUUGUCGAGAAGAUGAAGAAGAAAAAGGAAGAUCUCGAAAAGAAAAAGAUAUUGAGGAAGGUCAAACGUGGCGAGAUCGAUGCAGAUACGAUCGAUAAGGACGUCCUGGCCGAUGCCGAGCAGUUCGAGCGGAAGAAGAAGAAACCAAAGGCGGAGAAGGACGACAAGAAGGACAAGAAGAACCUGACCAAGGAAGAGAGGAAGGCACUCAAGGAGGAAAAGAGGGCUCGUAAAGAGGCCAAGGUAGCGGUAGCAACAUUAGCAGCAAAGGACAAGGACGAGGACGAGGAUGAGGAUGAGUCGCUGGCAACGAAAUCCGGCAAGAGCAAAAAGAACAAAGACGGAAAGGCCGGUGUACUGGAAAAGAAGACAUCAUCCAAGCGUACACGACCGGCAGAGGACGACGAAGACGAGCAUGAAAGCAGUGGGGCCAAGAAGAAAAAGUCAACGCUGUCAUCGAUGUUCAAGGGCAAUGGUCCUCGACCGCUCAGUGCGCUGGCCCCUGCUGAUGCUGACGAGGACGUGGAAAUGGAUGACGAGGAGAGCAAGGCAAAGAAGGCAGAACUGAACAGGGUCCGAAAGGAGAAUCGGAAGGCUGCGAAGAAAGAGGCCAAGAAGGAGAAAACGGCCGCCACCCUGGAAAAGAAGAAGGCUGCACGUAAGGAGAAGAAAGAGCCGACCACGCUGGAAGAGGAUAGCUUCUUCGCCAAACCCUCGGAAGAGGAGGUCAAGUCCAAGAAGGCCAAGAUCGAGAAGACAACACUCACACCAGCUGUCGCCAAGCCAGCUCUAGCUCCAGCUCCAGCAGUGGUCGAGGUCCAUGUCGCACGGCUUUUGGAUCCUGCUGAGGCUGCAAAGGCCAGGUCGGGUGUCGUCGCUGUUGUCGACAAAUCAGCCCAGCUCGCCAAGAAGAACAAGAAGCCCAAGUUCGAUAUCGCUGCUCUCGAGGAGACCACCGAUGCCUUUGGCGGUGGCCAGGUCUCUGGGUGGGACUAA